GAGAGGUCUCUCGGGACAACCUGAGUGCUGGAUAUGGCCUCUGUUAUGCUCCUUAUGAACCGAGGAAAUUCCCAAAAACACUUGGAUCUCUUUGUAUUUUGCAUUUCCUACUGAACAACCAAUCGACUAUCAUCGGGCUUCAACCAUCUCGCUCAUAGCAACCCCUACGCUCCAGCUAUCACCAGACCUGAGCCUUGCUUAUAUGGUAACAACCAGCUCUUCCGACAACACUUUCUCAGACCUGCCGCGCUUCCGGACGGAUUUAUUACUCCAUGUGAUUUCCACAUCGCGAUCAUAUCAUACUGUCUGUUGACACCGCUGUCAUCUUGGCGCAAACCGAGCGGGAGGGCCAGAGUGAGCCCGAGACAACAUGGCUGCGUUCGUGAGAGUCUCGGGGCCGCCCAACAGUAACUUUCUUGUGGGUUAUCCAGGCAUAUCAGCGACCUUGCCUCGGAUAGAGGGAAAAGUAGAGAUCAGACCCCUCACUGGUAUCUCUGCCCCUGUUUCGAUAUCUUUAGUCCGAAUAUGUUUACAAAGACGAGAAACAAUUCAUCCAUCUGCGGAAUCAAUUGCGAAGAAGCAUCUGGGUACACCUCGACGAGAAACGACAGAUGUUGUGGGGAAGGAAUUGCUGUUGUUUAGGUGUCCGCCUGGGAAAGAAUCCGAGAGCGUAGUUUUGAUGGAUCUGCCAUUCGUACUGUUCAUACCGUUUGGCAAAGGGGGAGAAGAGAGCAAUAGGCGAAUACCUCCAGCAUCCUUACAGCUUCCCAGUAGGACGGCCGAGACGUUCUACGAGCUUGUGGUCACGGUCCAGCAAGGGCAAGAACAAAAGAAAUUCGCGUUUCCCGUGCCGAUACAAAGAUACGAUACGUUGUCGACUUUUGGCAUGUACAAUCGUCCUGAAGCUGCGGAGAAAACAGCAGAUCACCUGGUGACUUUGGGUAUAUCAUUACCGCGGUGGUCAUACGGUCCACUGGAUCCUGUGAGUGUCUACAUAAAAUUAUCGCCCAACCCGGAUUGGAUAAACAAGGCGAAGAAGGUUGUGAUCCAGAAAAUCACUAUUGGAAUAGAAGAGGAGAUAACGUACAAUCCGGAGGGUGACGAGCCGACGAAGAAAGUCAACAGAAUUGCCAAGCAUACACAAGCCAUCGGUGUCAAGAUGCCAGAAGCUGGAUAUUUCACAAAUCUUGGCCUGGUGUUUCCUUCGAAGGAAUUGCGAGAUUCGGAAGGCAUCAUCCGUCGAGGGAAGUCUGCUUUCCCCAUGUACUCGGUCAAUUCGUUCACCACGACUGGAACCCUUUAUAGGAUUGAAUUCUUCUUAGUGAUAAAGGCACAUAUGUCAGGUUCCAGGGACAUAUUAUUGAGGCAGCCGAUAGUAGUUUGCCCGCUUGAUCAACAGGAUUGCAAGGAGGAGAUGGAUGCAAUUGAGCUCGCAGCCAAGGAAGCUUCUCAAGUCGACCCGAAGAACCCGAUGCUACCGGCUUGUACGAUAAUCCGAGCGAACGACAAAGACGCUCUUCGAGCAUUGGGGUGGACAAUGGUUGGAGGGCAAAGGAAGAUGGUGAUCGAGUGAACGCCAUUCCUCUUGUGUAUUUAGCGGUGUGCUCUGUGGGAAUAUGGAUGGUAGAUAGCCCGGGAACGCUUGGGGAUGUCUCGAGGAGACCUUACAACGUUGUGCAAUUUUUUUCGAGAUUCGAUUACCUCGAGGGAGGUAAACUGAGGGUCUUGGCGUUCAGGCAGGAGGCCAUCGAGCCUAUCUUGGCGUGGAUUUCUCGAGCUAGGAGACACACUGCAUAUGAUUGGCGUUCUUCACGUCUACCUAUGUGAUAGGAUGUGGCCGUGAGAUAGGCGCAUAUAUACGACGUAGUCAAUGAACAUAAAAACCACAGAUACAGACUUACCUG